CAAACGAUAUUGUGGAGGUGCCAUAACAGUUUAGAUUCUCAGAGAGAAAACAGGGAAGGAGAAGAAGUGGAGGAAAAAUGGCGUCGACGUCGGCGACUCUUCUCAAGGCCUCGCCGGUUUUGGAGAAGUCGGAGUGGGUGAAGGGUCAGAGCCUCCUCCGGCAAACUUCUUUCGUCGCCGCCGUCCGCAGACACGUGGCGCCUUCCCGGCUCACCGUCCGCGCCUCCUCCGCCUACGCCGACGAGCUCGUCAAGACCGCCAAAACGAUAGCGUCGCCGGGACGAGGGAUAUUGGCGAUGGACGAGUCGAAUGCGACUUGCGGGAAGAGGUUGGCGUCGAUAGGGCUGGAGAACACGGAAGCGAACCGUCAGGCUUACAGGACGCUGCUGAUAACGGCGCCUGGACUCGGUCAGUACAUCUCCGGAGCCAUUCUCUUCGAGGAGACUCUCUACCAAUCCACCACCGACGGCCGGAAGAUGGUCGAUGUCCUCUCCGAGCAGAACAUCGUUCCUGGCAUCAAAGUCGACAAGGGAUUGGUGCCACUUGCUGGCUCUAACAACGAGUCGUGGUGCCAAGGGCUCGAUGGUCUCGCCUCUCGCUCGGCCGCCUACUACCAGCAGGGUGCUCGUUUCGCCAAAUGGCGUACCGUCGUGAGCAUUCCCAACGGUCCAUCUGCUCUCGCUGUGAAAGAAGCUGCUUGGGGUCUCGCCCGUUACGCAGCAAUCUCUCAGGACAACGGGUUGGUGCCGAUUGUGGAGCCGGAGAUUCUCCUGGACGGAGAGCACAGCAUCGACCGUACUUACGAAGUGGCAGAGAAGGUGUGGGCAGAGGUUUUCUUCUACCUCGCCCAGAACAACGUCAUGUUCGAAGGUAUCCUCCUAAAGCCGAGCAUGGUGACUCCAGGUGCAGAGUCGAAGGACAGAGCCACCCCUGAACAGGUCGCUUCUUACACCCUCAAGCUCCUCCGCAACAGAAUCCCUCCCGCUGUCCCCGGAAUCAUGUUCUUGUCGGGUGGUCAGUCGGAGGUGGAGGCCACUCUGAACCUGAACGCGAUGAACCAGGGGUCGAACCCGUGGCACGUGUCCUUCUCAUACGCACGUGCCCUUCAGAACACCUGUCUGAAGACGUGGGGUGGCAGACCCGAGAACGUAAAGGCCGCUCAGGACACGCUUCUGGUCCGAGCUCAGGCCAACUCCCUCGCCCAGCUCGGCAAGUACACCGGUGAGGGUGAAUCCGAGGAGGCCAAGAAGGGCAUGUUCGUCAAGGGCUACACUUAUUAGCAAAUAUGAAAAAGAAAAAAGAUUGCCAGAUGCUGCAGAUGAUGAAUGACGUAUAAUGAAUAAGUUUUCUAUGGAUUUGGACUCUUAAUUUUUUUUUU